AUGGAUGACUGCUUACUGCUGACAGGGUUACUGCCCUCAUACCUCGUCCGUGCAUCUGGCUUACGCGAGAUAUUACCCUUCGUUUGUGUGCUGAUCAACCCUAAGUACAAAGCCGUGGCGAUAACACCAUCGCUUGUCGAUGUGGAGAGUAUGGGGGGACGGGCUAGAGUGGAUAUCUGCCGCGACGGGAAGAACAAAGAUCGCUACACUACCAGGGAAGAGACAGCGAUCAGCGAAGGAAGUAGAGUAGUAGAGUAUGAUGGCGGAAUAAGUGAAUAA